AUGGCAUCUCCGCACCAACUGCAGUGCUUCCCAUCCAAACCACGCGUGUUCAUCCUCAGCGACAUCUCAAAUGAACCAGAUGAUGCAGAGUCACUUGUGCGCUACCUGCUGUACUCAAACCAGUUCCGCACCGAGGGCCUGGUAGCCUGUACAUCGACGUGGAUGAAGACAAAAGUCUGUCCACAGGACAUGCACAAGAUCAUAGACGGCUAUGAGAAAGUCGUGAACAACCUCAAUUCCCACGCCCACCCGGAUGAUCCAUAUCCAACAGCUAAAUACCUAAGAUCACUAAUUAAAAAGGGCGCAGAGACAUACGGCAUGACCGCCGUAGGCGACGAUAUCCCCCUAAGCGAAGGCGCCGAAGCCCUCCUAGAACGUAUAACAUCUCAAGACAAAGAAAACAACCCCCUCUGGAUCCUCUGCUGGGGCGGCACAAACGUGCUAGCCUCAGCCCUGCACAAACUAAACAAAACACACACCCAAACACACGCAGCGAAGCUCCGCUCAAACCUGCGCAUCUAUGCAAUCUCCGACCAAGACGAUACAGGCCUCUGGAUCAGAACUACCUACCCAGACCUAUUCUACAUCUGUUCCGUGCACGGCUGGAACCAAUACGGGAACGCAACCUGGACGGGCAUCUCCGGUGACGGCUGGUACGGCUUUGACAAGGGCGGACCUGACCCGACGAAGAUUAGUAGUCAGUGGAUUCGAGAGAAUAUCCAGAUUGGACCGUUUGGUCGUACGUAUCCUGAUUUCAUGUUUAUUCCUGAGGGGGAUACGCCUACCUUUCUAUAUCUUAUUCAGAAUGGGCUUGGGGUGGCCGAACGGCCGGAGUUUGGGUCUUGGGGUGGGAGGUAUGUUGCCACGCAUGGUGGUGCGUCUGGGUCUGGGUCUGGGGUGAAUGGGCACUUUAGUGAUACGGCCGAUGAGGUUGUUGGACUUGAUGGGCGGAGCUAUAAGUCCAAUCAUGCAACUAUCUGGCGCUGGCGGGAAGCGUUCCAGGUUGAUUUUGCGGCGCGGAUGCAGUGGUCACUUUCUUCGGAUCUGGGCAGGGCGAAUCAUCAUCCUGUGGCAAUUGUUAAUGGGACUACUGGUCCUGCACCGUUGGAACUCGAGAUUGGGGCUGGGGAGGUGUUCCGGCUUGAUGCUUCUGCUUCUUACGAUCCUGACCCUGAUGAUUCGCUUACCUUUAAGUGGUAUCAGUAUAAGGAGCCGAGCGCGACUCAGUGGGCUGUGCAGUAUGAGGUUGGGGAAUUGGGAAUCAAGGCUUUGAACGAGACUGCCAGCGUUAUUGAGGUUCAGAUGCCUCCGGCUGAUAAGUGUUGUGUGGAGCUUAUUAGUCGUCAGGCGAUUGCCAAGGGGCAGUUGCUUCAUCUUAUUUUGGAGGUGAAGGAUGAUGGAGUUCCUGCUUUGACUACCUAUCGGCGUGUUGUCAUUCAGGCUUCGAAUACGAAGCUGUUAGGGGGUGGUGGUGGUGCUGAGGCUAUUGGUGAUACUAUGAAAGAUGUGAUGCAAUGA